AAGGGCUGUGUUUCCUUGAGAGAGUGAGUACGAGUCUCUUGCAGUACCAGUAGUAGUAGUAGUAGUAGUAGUAGUAGUAGUAGUAGUAGUAGUAGUGGUAGUAGUAGUAGUAGUAGUAGUAGUAGUAGUAGUAGUAGUAGUAGUAGUAGUAGUAGUAGGAGUCGUAGUAGUAACAGUAGAAGUAGUAAUAGUGGUAGCAGUGAUGGUGGUGGUGGAGGGUGGUGGCAAUAAUGAGUUAAUAAGAAGUAGGUGGGGUAGGUGAGAUAUUUUGUGUGAGAGAAGAAUGUGUAACACUGGAAAGGAAGAAUGCAGAUGAACUGGAUGAAAGAAUCAAUAGGGAUGAAGUGGAGAGGUGUGUGAGAAGGCAGAAGAAUGGCAAGGCAGCAGGUCCAGAUGAUAUACCCUAUGAGUUCUACAAGAAUGGUGGGGAGGUAGUGAUAGACAGAAUGACUGAGUUAUUCAACCGAGUGUGGGAUGAAGAGAGAGUGCCAAGAAAGUGGAAUGAGAGCCGAGUGUGUCUGUUGCAUAAGGGAGGAUUUAAGAGUAAGAAUGAGCUGAAGAACUACAGGCCAAUUGCAUUAGUGAAUACAGUAGGUAAAGUUUUCAGUGCAGUGUUGAAUGAGAGACUGUGUAAAUGGAUUGAGAGAGCUGGAGUGCUGGGUGAAGAACAGAAUGGUUUUCGUAGGGACAGGAGAGCUGAGGACAAUAUGUUUGUGGUGAAUGAAAUGAUUGAGAAGAAAAAGAAGGAUGGGGGUAAAUUGUACCUAGGUUUUUUGGAUAUAGAGAAAGCUUAUGAUAGAGUGAACAGAGAAAUGUUAGGUAGAGUCUUAGAAAAGAUUGGAUUGAGUGCAAAGAUAGUUAACGUAGUGCAAAGUAUGUAUGUGGACACAAGAGCUAGAUACAGGCUAGGAGACAUAGAAACAGACUGGGUGAAGAGUGAGAGAGGAGUUAGGCAGGGCUGUAUAUUGUCACCAACCCUUUUUAGCCUGUAUACAGAGGAGCUAGCAGCCAGGAUGAGAAGAAUGAAUGUAGGGGUAAGUGUGGGGAAUGAUAAAGUAUGUGUGCUCCUUUAUGCAGAUGAUGUAGUUGUUAUGAGUGAAUCGGCAGAUGAGCUUCAAAGUUUGUUGGAUGUAGUGGAUGGCUAUGGUAAAGACUUUGGAGUAAGGUUUAGCAGUGAGAAAAGCAAAGUAAUGAUUGUGAAUAGGUCAGAGGAUGAAAGUAAUGUGGUAUGGAGACUUGGAGAGAAUGAGUUGAGAUAGGUGCAAGAAUACAAGUACUUAGGGAUGUGGAUGAGUCCUAGUGGGUGUGCAAAGGCAAAGAAUGAAAAGAUAAGUAUGGUAAACCAGUGGGUAGGUCGAUUGGGAAGCGCGGCAAGGAUGAGAGCAAGUAAGUAUGAUGUGUUGAGAGAAGUGUGGAAGAGUGUGGCUGUGCCAUGUAUAAUGUAUGGUAUGGAUGUGAUUGCAUGGAAGGAAAGUGAAAUUGAUAAGUUAGAAGUGGGCCAGAACAAAGUAGCAAGGAUGGCACUGAGUGCACCGAGGUGCACAGCAGUUGAAGCCUUGAGAGGUGACAUGGGAUGGAGCACCUUCAGAGAAAGACUCACAAAAGCCACACUUAGGUACAAGAUUAGGCUUGAGAGAAUGGAUGAUGCAAGAAUAGCAAGGAAGGUGUACCUGUGGAAUGAAAGUGGAAGCAAAUGGAGGAAGAGAUGCAUGAGAAUGACAGACAGGAAUGAAUUGCAAGUUGUGUGGGCGAUAAGAAUGGCUGCUAGGAAUCAAAAUGAGCGUGAAUGGGUGGUAACAAGAGGAGGAAGAGUGGGAGCCGAAUGGGAUGUGAGAAAAUGGAAGAAUGAGAUAGACAAAGAAGUGAAAUGUGUGGGACUGAAUGAAUGGAAGACUGAGAUGGAAAGAAAGAAGACCCUGGAAUGGUACAAGGAGAAAGAGGCCCCGAGGUAUGAAAGGUGGUAUGAUGGAAGCCUGGGCGGUGAUCUUCUCUUCCGAGCGAGGGCACAGUGUAUGGAUGUGAAUGCAAGGAGUUACAGGUGGUCUGAGUCCCGCAGCAAAGUGUGCCAGAUGCGUGACAUGGGAGAGGAUGAGACAGUGGAACAUGUGGUGCUGGAGUGUGUGCAGUAUGCCAGAGACAGGAAUGAGAUGAUGCAAGUGAUACUGACUGAGUUAGGGCAUGAUAGGAAUGAAAGAGUGGAGAAGACAGGAAAGGAAUGGAUGGUGUUGUUGCUGGGACUGUGUAGAGAGGCGAAUGAAAGGAUGAUUGAGGCGGUGAAAGAGUUUCUGGAGAGAAUGUGGCGUGCCAGGUGUAUGAACAAUUAGGAUAGAGGAUGCUGUUCGUUUCUCUUUUUUUUUUUUUUUUUCCCUUUCUACAGGAGUUGCCGAUCCAAAGGCCUGGCUCAGGAGUGAUCCUGUGCCACCUGUACCAUCAAGAUCAAGAUCAAGAUGGUGAGUCUGCGUACAAAAUUGCAUCGGAGGGGAUGGUAGAGGCAGCCACAAUUAUCCAUCAUCAUCGGCGACACCAUGGCUCUUGAGAAGACCUCCUCUUCUCUCUUCCCAUCUCUUCCUCCUCCUAGCCCAACCAAGCCUAAUUCUCUCUCUCUCUCUCUCUCUCUCUCUCUCUCUCUCUCUCUCUCUCUCUCUCUCUCUCUCUCUCUCUCUCUCUCUCUCUCUCUCUCUCUCAGACAGACAGACCUCGAUGACAGCGUGGUGAGCGAGGAGGGGGAGUCAACCAGCGGAGGGGGGAGCAUGACCCCUACUUUGAACCAGUGGUGACCUUGCUGGAGGUCUUCGUGGUUAGUGAUGAUGACCAGGAGGAGGAAAUGAUGAGACUGAGUUUCGAGAUCAGGUCAGCAGGCAGUACAAGCUGUUUCGUUAUCACACCUCUGAGUCGCCCCCACAGUGGAAGGAACGGGGCAUGGGGGCCAUUAACAUUCUGAGGAACAAGCAGAAGAAGGCUGUGGAGUUUGUUCAGCGGCAGAAUUAAUGCCAGUGGCUGAGUUCAGAUCCUCCAAGACACACACACACACACACACACACACACACACACACACACACACACACACACACACACACACACACACACACACACACACACACACACACACACACACACA